CAAAGUAGGGGCGAGCUGGGUAGGCAACCAUGGAAGGCAGCGACCCACCAUAUGAGCUACCGUCAUCUGCACUAUUUUUCUCGAAUGUGCAUAUCAUAUAUUUAGUCAUCUGCAUCAUUGCGUUGCAAGAGUGAGCAGAGUCGAGAGAGGCGGCAAAGAUGGCGGAGGCCGUCAUCGGGGCGCUGGUGGGGAAGCUGCAGGAGCUGGCGAUGAGCGAGGCGCGGGCAAUGGUGGCGGUGAACGAAGACAUACGGAGCCUCCGGGACAAGCUCAUGUGGAUGCAGGCCUUCCUCCGCGACGUCGAGCCACGGCGGCGCCUGCAGAAUGACGAGCUCAUCAGGGUGUGGCUGCAACAGACCCGCAGCGCGGUCUUCGACUCCGAGGAUGCCGUCGACCAGUAUAUCCUCCAGGUCGACCUCUCCAGAUACCCAAGUUGGACUCGUGCUACCCUCAAGUUCUUUGCCAGCUUCACCACACAAGUGCGCGUGCGGCGCAAUCUUUCUAGCAGGAUCAAAUCAAUCAAUACAAGGCUAGAAGGCAUCAUCGCGAACAAGGACAGAUACAAAAUUGAGGAUGCAUCUGCUGUGUCAGUUGUGACCUGGAGACCAUCCGCUGACACCUUUACUAGUACCGAGAAGAUGGAUAAAAUUGUGCUACCAAUUGUGGCACGACAGACGCAGCUAGAUGAUCUGAAGAAAUAUUUAGAGGCAGGAACUGACACAACAAGACCAGAAGUGAUCUAUGUGAUAGGCAAGAGUGGUGUGGGCAAGACAAAGCUUGUGAGGAACAUGUACGAGGAGUACUGGACCAAGAAUCACUUUGAUGUGCAGGCUUGGGUGAGCUUUGCACCAAAUCUAAGUGCCUCCAACAUCCUGAAGUUGAUCAUUCAGCGUUUGAAAGAAGACAAUGUUACAUGCUCCAGAGGGGAGGCCCGUAAGAAUCUAAAGGAAGAGUUAGAAAAGGGAAAGUACUUGCUGGUUAUAGAUGGUGAAGUCAGCAGCACAGAGUGGAAAAGCAUACUAAAUGACCUUCCAGACGGCAUGGCCGGAAGCAAGGUAGUGCAAAUCACACAGACCAAACCAGAAUCAUCACCUUCGACCUUGCAGCCCAUUGAACUUGAGGAUCUCAAUGAAGAUGAGGCCACCAACCUAUUCCUAAAGACACUUUUCAUGAAGGAGAAAGGUAAAAAGUACUGGAAAGCUGUGAAGGAGGCUGUCGGAAAGAACCACUACGGAAAAGACAUCUUUGAGAUUACAGGUGGUCUGCCACUUGCAGUUGUCCUUCUAUCUGGCCUUUUAAGAACCAAGGAGUAUCCUGGAGAAUGGGAGAAAGUGUUUGACUACCUCAAGAACAAGGCCAUUCAAUGGAAGCGCCUCGACAGCGUAUUAUCCAUGUGCUUUGAUGACCUCCCACAUGAUAUGAAAUCUUGCUUCUUGUAUUUUGCCGCCUUGCCUGUGAACACACUUAUCAGGGCACGCAGCUUAGUGUGCAUGUGGAUGGCAGAGGGAUUUCUGAGACCAAAAGAUGGCAAGCAAAUGGAGAAGGUGGGCGAACAGUACUUGAAAGAGCUAAUUGCAAGGCGGCUGGUGAACCUUGCACCAAUGGAGUAUGAAGCUUCUGGAGAUGAGCGUGUGGCCGUUCAGACAAAAGUCCAUGACUUCUUGCUUCAUGAGGCGCAAGAGGCAAGCUUCGUGGAGGUCCAUGGUGGGGAUGACAUCCCUAUACUGUCCAAUGCACGCCGCCUUUCCCUCCAGAAUCAUAGGGACAAGUAUGCUGCUCUCGCCAACCAUUUGCCCAAGCUGCGGUCCAUCUUGUCAAACUUUGAAGAAGAAGUGGAGGCUAGGAAGGAAGAAGACCAGCUAGGUACCGUGGAGAAGGAAGAAGACCCGCUGGGUACCGAGGAGAAGGAAGAAGAGAAGCAAAACCAACAAGCAUGCCCUUGUCUCCAUCACUCAAGGCCCGCGGCCGACUCCAAGGAGAUCAUACUCAUCAAGUCUGCCAUACGGCAACUCCUGCAAGGAUCUGAGUACCUUCGUGUCAUCAACCUGCAUGGCCUUGAGAUUGGAGACACGCUACCAUCUGAUAUUGGAAAUGUGGUGCACUUGCAAUACCUCGGCAUCACCUCCUGCUCUUUGAAGCAGAUACCACCAUCAAUUGGAAAGCUCACUGGCCUCCAAACACUAGAUGUCCGAGACACCGAAGUCACGACACUCCCCGAGGAGUUCUGGAAGAUUCAGAGCCUGCGACAUGUGUUUGGCUUCCUGGUCCUUCCAAGGCGAGUCGGGCGCCUAACGCAGUUGCAGACUCUGGAGAGCAUAGAGCCAGAUCAAGUUCAUGGCUGGGGUAGAAGAACCCUGGAGAAGAUGUUACACCUUCAGUCCUUGUACAUAUGGAAGCUCCCCGAAAGAAAUGCUAAUGCCUUGACUGCUGUCUGCAAACUCAAGUACCUCAUGCUCCUAAGCAUAGAAGGUGAAAGCAUUACCUCCAAUUUGUUCACUCUUUCCAACCUUCCGCGACUCCAGGAAAUGAGACUAAAGGGGGUGAUUGUGCCGCCAACACUGCCAGAGAGCAGUGGCUUCUAUCUCCCAAACUUGACAAAACUGUCUUUGGAGCAGACAAAGGUGACGAAAGAGUUCAUCAAUAAGCUAGGUAAACUUCCCUUUCUUGCCACUCUUGCCCUAAACCAUGACUCCUAUGAAGACAAAGAUCACCAUCUUGUAUUCACAAGUGGGUUCCAAAGUCUCAAGGAGUUGGUACUGGAUGUGGCGUUGAAGAAGAUCGAGAUAGGGGAGUCAGUGUUUCCUCAGCUUAUGGUUCUGGAGGUUUUCAGCUACUCAGAUGAUAUUUGUGCCGUCAUUCAUGGUAACAGAUAUAACAUUCGAAAGCUAAUCAAGGCAAAUGGUGUCCCUAUUGUGGUUGAUAUCCUAUCCUAGAUGAAGGCCCGUGCAUCAACAAGGGAAGCUGUUGGAAGUCAAUUAUGAGGUUUAUAACAUGUGCAUGCGGUGUGCCUACAGUUGGUGUAAAUUUGUAAUUUGUUGAUCGUGUGUGUGCCUCUUCCUGUCUAUGUAUAACGUUGUGUGUACGCGUGGUGAUUGUAGCUAGGCUUGUGAUGGCUCAACACUGCAACCAGCAUUUCAAUACCACCUAUAACUAUGUAAUAAAGUGGCCAAAAACUGGUUGACAAUCCUGUUAAAUGUAAAUGUAUGAUUGAGGACGUUAAAUGAAAAUGGAUUAUAUAGU